AUGUCCCAAGGUAAAAUCAUAGGACAAAUGUUAACUAGAAUUGUAAGAAGAUCCUCGGUGGUAUCUAUACGACAAACCAAACGGUUUAUAUCAACAUUACAAACCAAGCAAGAAAUAGAAAAUUUCGUUAAUAAUUCAACUUGGUCAGUCAAAGAGUUAAUUCAACAAAAUGAUGAACUUAUGAAAGAUAUUCAAAUUGAUUCCAAAACAAUACGAAAGAUGUUAAAAUUGUCAGGAUUAAGACUACUGGAUCUUACUCAAGAAAGAGAACAAGAAUUAAUAUCAUCAUUAAAAUCACAAAUGGUUUUUAUUAAUCAUUUAUAUAAGAAUGAAGGGGAACGGAAAGAAAUAUAUUCCAGUAAUGAUUCUAUAUUUAGAUUGAUUGCAUCUGAUCAUAUUCCUGAAGAACCAUUGAGUUUGGAUAAGUUAUUGAAACAGAUUGAAGAUCUUCCCAAUACGAUUGAUCCGGAAAAGGGUGAAAUUGAAGGUUCAUUUGCAAUUAAAGAUAUAAAUCCAAGAAAUGAUAAAUUCUUUACAAUUAGAACUAAAUAA